GCACAUAGAAGUUAAUGUUGUUUCGUAAAAGUGAAUUUAAUAUCUCUAAGCUCUAGGUGAAUAUAUAGUGAGUUGGACUCACGCACAUGGUUACCGGCUUUCCAUUAGGGAGCGAAUUCAAAAUCUGCCCCCUAUGAAGGUUGGUGCUAUGUCAGUGCUUUAUUGUGUAACUUUAUUGCGCGCAUAAGCCUGACCGAAAUCCCAGCGCUACGACCCUUUCUGUAAUUCGUCAUAAUUCUACUAGAGAGAAUUAUACUGACUGAAGAAGACGUUAGCGCAUCCUCUCCAGCUAACGAUAUUUUUGGAAGCGGUUGAGGCGGUGCCAAAAAGUGAAACCGGUGUCGAGAAAAAUCAUUCUUAUAGAGUGUAACAAGGCUCAACAAGACAACAACAAUGACAGAGAGAGAUUUGACAGCACAGCAGAGGAUGAUCUCCUCAUGCACUGGCGCAGUCUUUACAUCAUUACUGAUGACCCCUUUCGACGUGGUAAAAGUUCGACUGCAAGCUCAACAAAAGGCAUUUCUUAAACAUAAGUGUUAUUUAUACUGCAAUGGCCUAAUGGAACAUGUGUGCUAUUUACGAAAAGGUGACCAGCAGUGGUUUGAUAGGCCGGGACGGUACAGAGGAACAUGGGAUGCUUUUACAAAAAUUUCCCGUGUUGAGGGACUACAAGCUCUCUGGUCAGGCUUACCUCCGACACUCGUGAUGGCCGUGCCUUCCACAGUUCUUUACUUCACAUCGUACGACCUCAUCAAACAGAAUCUCGAGGCUGUUAGGUUUCUCUAUUUUUCGCAGUACUCGACACCAGUACAGGCAGCGUUUAUAUCUGGCGCAACGGCGCGUACUCUUACAUGUGUAGCUAUCUCACCCCUUGAACUCGUUCGAACUAAGAUGCAGUCACAGAAGCUGAGCUACGCAGACAUAGCACGUACGAUCUCAACUAUGGUUCGCGAACAGGGUGUUCGAUCGUUAUACAUGGGUCUGGCAUCCACAUUACUUCGAGACGUUCCAUUUAGUUGUAUCUAUUGGAGCACGUAUGAGUUUAUGAAGCGUUCAUUUAAUGGGGAUCAUCCACCACUGAUGUUUUGUCUAAUGGCUGGAGCAACAGCGGGGUCCACAGCAGCCAUCCUCACGUUGCCCUUUGACGUCAUAAAGACACAUAGGCAACUAGAACUGGGUGAAGCCAUAACGCAGACUCGACCGAAGGUCAAAGAUCCUGUGACUAUGCUUCUAAAUCUAUACAAGCAAUCCGGUGUUUCAGGACUCUUUACUGGUUUAGUGCCUCGUCUGGCCCGAGUCGCUCCGGCGUGUGCCAUUAUGAUUACUACAUACGAAGGCUUCAAAGCCUACUUUGUUCGGCGGAUGCGUGACAGGCAGAGCGAUCCCUUGGCAGCACGAAGCUGUCUUGAAGUUAGCGAAAGUAUGAAAAAUAAUAUUAUUGACAGUUCCCUUUCAACAAAGGGUGGCUUAAACCCUCAAAUACGCGGCCCUAUUGUAGAAGCAAUUCAUCUAGGUGCAGGGGUUGUUUCUGCAACGCCUGCACAUGACAAGGUGUAAUCUCAUUACGUCAGCUCAAGAUGACAGAUCUCGUCGAGUAAAAGAUAUUUUACAGUUACAAUCUUUACGGAUCUAGCACUACGUGUAAACAUAAAUAGGUAACGUGUACGAAGUAAUUUAACGAAUAAAUAUAUAAAAUAUCCUGUAUGAAAAUUGAUUAUGCACAGAAAUGAAUGUGUACAUAGUUAUAUACUUAAAAUCUAAAAACUCUUGUCAUAGUUUUGUUAGUCUUUGGUCAUGUUGACGCAUACUUUCAUAAUAGUUCUGUAUCCGUAGUUGUUGGUGCUUGCUAUAGAAAUAAAGGCUUGCAAAAUAACGAAAAUCGUUGAUCACAUCAUAAAAGCAAACUCUGUAAGAUAGUAAAACUAGAUAAUAACUAGCGUAGAAUGUCUCUUAUUACUAUUCGGUCCUUCUUUGAUGCAUUUCCCGUGAGCAUCGUCGUACAAGAAUCAUAAGAAUUAAGGCACGUAAAUGUUAAAGAAGACUUUCAGCAAAAAAUAUUUAUUCAGUAUGAUUAUCGGUUUAAUUAUUUCUUAUAACUGUUAGUU